AUGUUGCAGUUAAUCAUCAUGGCGGCAUGUUUGAUUUUUAUGCAAGGGUUAUUAACAACAGAGGCACACGCCGUUGGAGGGUGUGUGGAUCAACUGACGGCCAGUUUGGCUAAUGAGACAGAGAAUUGCGUCGCUACCACAGAUUACAUCAAGUGCCUCUUUCUCGAGACCAGUCUCUACAAGACGACAGACAAAGCUGUUCUGAGCCAAUAUAAGACCCAAAUCAAAGCCGGCCUGGCUGAGAAAGGCAUCCAUUGUGAUAUCGAUGUUAUGGCAAUAGUAGAUGAGCUAUUGGAGAAUGACAGAAAGGGAAUAGCGCAUACAACAUCUCGGCCUAAAGGAUACAAGAAUUCAAAAACCAUUGGAGACUGUAUUGACACAUUCGAGGCAGAAGCAACCAGUGAGCUCAUGUGUGAUCGCAUGACUCCAUACCUCAAAUGCCUGAUACUAGUUACCAGCGCAAAGAAACCAUCUAACUAUACAGACGAAGACAUCAGGAUACUGGUACAACGUAUUCUAAACAACCUACACAAAACAUACGCACAAUGCCAGAUGAAUAUUUCGGCUUUAAUUCGGGAAGUUCGGCAUGAGGAGGGUAUCGAGGAUGGGUCAGUUUCCCAUCAAGGGAGUGGAGAGAAUGGAGCAGAUAUUGUUGUUGAAUCAUUGUCAUUUGUAACAGUUUUAAUAUUGUCUUUUGCAUCUGUGUUUUUAGUUUAUUAA